AUGCGUAGUCUGGUUACUUUUUCACUUUGGCUUUUUGCUUCUGAUUUGUCACUUGCAGUACCAAACCCAAGUUUCGAGGUUGUCAGAACGGAAAAUGGACUCAUCACAGGCCAUCGUUCGCCAAACGUCAACGCUGUCUGGGAAUAUUUGGGAAUUCCGUAUGCACAACCGCCGCUGGGCAAUUUGAGAUUUGCAUCACCGCAGAGAUAUAGAGCGAAAGGACCGUACAACGCAACCAAUUUUGGAUAUGAUUGCCCUCAACAAGCCGCGGUCCAACCUUCGUUUCCCGGCUUUACCUCUCAAGCCCUUGGCUUGCUGAGUUUCUUCACCGGUGCCGCUGGAACACAACGAAGUGAGGAUUGUCUAACCCUGAACAUAUGGUCAAAACAGACGCCCAGAUCUUCGCAAAAAGAUAAACCUGUCUUCGUUCUCUUCCACGGAGGACGUUUCGCUGGCGGCAAUACGGAUACCCCAUUCGCCAAUGGGCAAUAUCUCGCAAACUCCGAAGACAUUGUUGUUGUUUCAGUUAACUAUCGGUUAAAUGUCUUUGGGUUCCCUGGCGCUCUUGGUGCUGAUACUAAUCUUGGAUUGCGGGAUCAGCGUCUCGCUGUAGAAUGGCUGGAAAAGAACAUCGCAGCGUUUGGAGGUAGCCCAAAUAAGAUAGUUAUUGCGGGCCAAUCUUCAGGUGGCGCCAGUGUGGAUUGGUGGUCGUAUGCUUACAAGAAAAAUCCCAUUGUCCACGGCCUGAUGUCGACUUCUGGCAAUGCCUUCAGCUUCCCCUUAAACACGCCUCAGAAGCAGAAAGACAAUUGGUUUAUGCUAUCCGCUUUGCUCGGAUGUGGAGGAUCGGGUGAUACACUCGAAUGCAUGCGAAAACAAUCCUGGCAGGCGAUCUCGAUGGCCGUGUCCAAGAUCCCUCCCAGUGCUGGGGGAAGCCCAGUCCGAUCAACGCCGCCUUUCUACCCGAUAGUUGACGGCCAGGUUAUCUUUGAUGAUUAUCUCUCACUCGCAUCAUCGGGCAGUUUUGCCAAACUUCCCUAUUUUCAUGGGCACAACAAUCACGAACAAGGGUAUUACGUGAUCCCGGCAUUCGCACAGGGGCGCAAUGUCACUGAGGAGCAGACGGCGCAAUUUCUGUUGGAGUCAUUUGUCUGCCCCCAUUCCUACGAGGCCAGGCAACGUAUCAAAGCCAAGGUUCCGACGUGGGUUUACCGUUAUUUCGGCGACUGGAAAAACACUCGCCUUUACCCAACCAGUGGUGCCUACCAUGGCACUGAACUGCACAUGAUUCUUGGGGGGUCGCAGGACGCCAGCGGCCUCCCUGCAUCACAGGCACAGAACGACACAACGAAACUCUUCCAGCGAGCAGUUGCCGCGUUUUCAGAUGAUCCCAAGAGCGGUCUCACCAGAUUUGGUUGGCCCCAGUUUGACUCCAAGACGAAAAGUUGGAUCGAAAUCGCUGUAGGAAACGAACCCAAGGCAACGUUUGCUAGACCUGACAAGUACGAUGAAAGAUGUCCAACUGUAGUUCUAGGAGCUUUGUCAACUCUAUCGUAG